CAAAGCACCAUCACAUACGAACCAAAGGUUCUCUGAGCUCCCGUUCUGCAAAUUUCGAGAUCGAGAAAACGAUUCAGAAAGAUACAGUUUCGCUGCAUUGCUAUGGCUGAGUGGAAGACCCGAUCAAAGCAAGCUCUUCUAUUAACAUAUCAGAGUUUUGGUGUAGUAUAUGGUGAUCUAAGCACUUCUCCACUUUAUGUUUAUAAAAGUACAUUUUCUGGGAGAAUGUUCAAACAUCAGACUGAAGAUGCAAUAUUUGGGGCGUUUUCCUUAAUAUUUUGGACUUUAACACUGAUUCCAUUGUUAAAAUACAUUGUCCUCGUGUUGAGUGCAGAUGAUAAUGGUGAAGGUGGAACAUUUGCUCUAUACACACUUCUGUGUAGACAUUCAAAGUUCAGUUUGCUUCCUAAUCAGCAAACAGCUGAUGAGGAGCUCUCCGCAUAUUAUUAUAAGGGUCACUUGAAUAGGAAUGUGGCUCCAUCUUCAUUUAGAAGAUUUCUUGAGAAGCAUAAAAAGUCGAGAACGUCUCUACUUAUUAUAGUUCUAUUUGGUGCUUGCAUGGUGAUAGGUGAUGGUGUUCUCACACCUGCAAUUUCUGUCUUGUCAUCUGUUUCAGGGGUGCAACUUCAAGCAAAGAACUUGCCUGAUGGUAUGGUGCUUGUUAUUGCAUGUGUUGUGUUGGUUGGCCUCUUCGCAUUGCAGCACCGUGGUACGCAGAAGGUGGCCUUCAUGUUUGCACCCGUUGUAAUUUUAUGGUUGUUCUCUAUCGCUGUCAUUGGCAUCUACAAUACUGUUAAAUGGAAUCCAAAAAUAUGGCGUGCUCUUUCUCCACAUUAUAUUUACAUGUUUUUCAGAGUGGCCGGAAAAGAUGGUUGGUAUUCUCUUGGUGGAAUACUUCUGUGUAUGACAGGCACUGAAGCGAUGUUUGCAGAUCUUGGCCACUUCACAACUUCAUCCAUAAGGGUUGGAUUUUCUUGUGUUAUUUACCCUUGCCUAUUACUUCAAUAUAUGGGGCAGGCAGCUUUUAUUUCGAAGAAUUUCUCUGCCAUACCUAUCAGCUUCUAUGCAUCUAUUCCAAGACCUUUAUUUUGGCCAGUUUUUGUGUUGGCAACUCUGGCUGCAAUUGUUGCUAGUCAGUCUGUUAUCUCCGCUACAUUCUCAAUCAUCAAACAAUGCCAAGCAUUGGGUUGUUUCCCACGAGUCAAGAUUGUGCAUACAUCACGACAGAUAUAUGGUCGGAUCUACAUCCCGGAGAUAAACUGGAUCCUUAUGGUUCUUACUUUGGCGGUAACAAUUGGUUUCCAGGACACAAACCUUAUAGGAAAUGCUUAUGGUAUUGCAUGCUCGACCGUCAUGUUUGUGACCACAUGCUUGAUGGUACUAGUUAUCAUCUUCGUGUGGCAGAAGAAUUUCUUAUUUGCCUUAGGAUUCUUCCUUUUCUUUGGGUUCAUUGAGCUCACUUAUGUUGUAUUUGCUUAUGUGAAAGUCUCUGAAGGGGGAUGGGUUCCUUUGGUGCUAUCCACAAUCUUCUUGGUUGUGAUGUAUGUGUGGCACUAUGGUACUAGGCGAAAGUACCUCUUUGACCUGCAAAACAAGGUUUCGAUGAAAUGGAUCCUUGCAUUGGGUCCUAGCCUAGGGAUUGUCAGGGUGCCAGGGAUUGGUCUCAUCUACACUGAGUUGGUAACAGGUGUUCCAUCCAUUUUCUCCCAUUUUGUGACCAACCUGCCAGCUUUUCACCAGGUGAUUGUCUUUGUAUGUGUGAAAUCUGUCCCUGUGCCAUACGUCAGUGCUGAUGAAAGGUACCUCAUCGGCCGGAUUGGCCCAAAAUCUUAUCGGAUGUACCGUUGCAUCGUCCGAUAUGGCUACAAAGAUGUCUGGAAGGAUGAAGAUGACUUUGAAAACAACCUCAUGAUGAGUAUAGCAGAAUUCAUCCAAUUGGAAGCGGAAGGUUCUGACAUCUCUGAAGGCUCUGGUGAUGGAAGGAUGGCAGUAGUUCGGGCUUCUGAAAAGUUUGGGACAAGGCUAGUGAUGUUGGAUUGUAAUGAAAAUAGUAUAAACAAUGAGGAUACCAUUUCCACUGCUAGGAGCAGCAAGUCAGCCACAUUGCAGAACUUGCAGUCCUUGUAUGAGCAAGAGUCUCCCCAGCCGAGUCAGAGGCGGUGUGUCCAGUUUGACAUACCUCAGGGAGAGUAUAUAGACCCACAAGUGAAGGAAGAGCUUCUGGAGCUCGUUGAAGCUAGAAAUGUAGGGAUAGCAUACAUAAUGGGUCAUUCCUAUAUAAAGGCCAGGAGAAGUUCUUCAUUUUUAAAGAAGCUUGCGAUCGAUGUGUUAUACUCUUUUCUUCGGAAGAACUGUCGUCGCCCUGCAGUGGCCCUGAAUAUUCCUCACAUAAGUCUAAUUGAGGUGGGCAUGAUCUACCAUGUGUAGAAUUGCAGUUUUCAUCAGGGGACGCAGCACUGGAUACCAACAGCAAAACAUGUCAGGGUGGUAUUUUCUUGUGGCUGCCAUGCCCGACCUAUUGAUGGUUCCUGACUCCACAGCAUUCGAGUGUUUGGUGGGUCCUCUAAAAAAAAUUUAUGCUGACAUUACAUUGAGGUGGAUAGCCAGUUUAGCAGUUGAAUACCCAGCUAUUCUGAGUUGAAUAAAUAUAAAUGCUGAGAUGGAGGAUGUUGGGGACCAAUUUGUGGAACACUACAUGUCUACAUCUGCCUUGUAUCUGGACACUUGAAGGAAUAAAAUAUGAAUGAGAAUACAUAGUGUCAGC